AAAAGCGCACAUCGCGAAGCGCACAUUUUGUCGCGCCGUGUAGCAAACGAAAAAUUCGCCAAACAAUUUCCACGCGUUUUCUUUUCGUGACUGCUUUUGUUGCUAAUUAUAACGGAUCGGUACCAUGUGCAAUUAAAUAGAGCCUUGUAUGAACAGCAAAGAAAAUUGAAACAGCUCGUUUCGCGAGGAAAAUUGCCUGAAAACUAGAGAAGUGCCUCAAAGUGAAACGUUGCCAGCGGAAACAGCGUGUUUAAGCCAAACAAAUGAUAAGAUAGAACAUCGCUUCGAUCGCCGCAGAAACGAGGAGAUAAACGGAGUGGUGGAGUGCAGAGCAGUGGAACGGAUCGUAUCCCCAAAAUCACAGCCGAAAUCAUCAUCACCACUCACCGCACAUCGCACAUGUUCGUGGACCCGUGGCAAUGGAAAUUAGUGUGAUAAGCGAACCCACAGAAGCACUAGAAACCAAGAGGGAGACACGCAGCUAAAACGGAUCACGAUACCAUGCGCAGCGGGCGGAGCUAUGGCCAGCGGCAGAGCGACACGUUGGAGAGCAGCUUCGAGCUGGAGGAUUCCGAGGCGGAACAGGUCAAUUCACCGGUGGCAAUCAAGGGAGAACCAUCGGCGCACGGAGAUACAGAUCGGGAUGGGGAUGCCGAUCGAGAGCGGCAGGAGUCGGGUGAACAGACGGACAGUCUGAGCACGCGUAGCAGCAGCUCCACGCCGACAACGGCGGACGUGGCCGAUGUGGAGACGAUCAGCUCCCUGCCGCUCUCACCACCCGCCUUUGGCGGUCGGGGCAAUCAGCUGGUCAAGCGUCACUCUCCGCUGAAGGACAAGCAGGCAGAGCAGGCGGACAGCAGCUCCAGCUCCAGCUGCAGUCAGCAGCCCGAUGCGGACGAUGUGCCCACGGUAAGUGGGUGCGAUCUGCGGCAGAGCCCGCCCUCAUCUUCGUCCUCCUCCUCCUCAACUUCCACAUCCCCGCAGACUUCGCGGUAUGCAGCUGCAGCAGCACAUCCCAGCGCGGCAUUCGCGGAGACGGCGAUCACCGCGUCGUCGGGAUCGGGCCGAGUGUGCGGCGGUAGCGGAGGAGCCGCCCACAGGCGCACCCACUCGGCCGCCUCCUACAUCUCGAUGAGAUCGCAGGGCGGCAACUCGGAGGCGACUCCGGAGCGACCAAAGCGUAACCGCUUCUUCGAGUGGAUUCGCGUUGUGUGCAACAUCUGCUGCUGCAAGAGUUCCGGAAUCGGGGAGCCGAGUGUUCAUCAUGCGCUGGUUGUGAUAUUUCUAGAGUUCUUCGCCUGGGGCCUGCUGACGAUGCCCAUAAUAUCGACUCUCAACCAGACGUUCCCGGAUCACACAUUCCUAAUGAACGGCCUGGUCAUGGGCAUCAAGGGGAUCCUGUCGUUCCUGUCGGCGCCUCUGAUCGGCGCCCUUUCGGACAUCUGGGGCCGAAAGUUUUUCCUAUUAGUCACAGUAUUCUUCACCUGCCUGCCCAUACCGCUGAUGUCCAUCAAUACGUGGUGGUUCUUUGCCAUGAUCUCAAUAAGCGGCGCCUUCGCAGUCACCUUCUCGGUGGUGUUUGCCUACGUGGCGGACGUCACCACGCCGGAGGAGCGAUCAAAGGCCUAUGGCCUGGCCUCGGCCACAUUUGCCGCCAGUCUGGUCAUCUCGCCGGCUCUGGGCAAUGCCCUGAUGGAGAUGUACGGAGACACGCUGGUCGUGGCCCUCUCCACGGCCAUUGCGCUGCUCGAUGUAUUCUUCAUACUGGUGGCCGUGCCGGAGAGUCUAUCAGAGAAGAUGCGGCCAGCCUCCUGGGGUGCGCCUAUCAGCUGGGAGCAGGCGGAUCCAUUUCUGGCCCUGCGCAAAGUGGGCACCGAUAAGACCGUGCUGAUGCUGUGCCUCACCGUGCUGUUAUCCUAUCUGCCCGAGGCAGGGGAGUAUUCCUGCAUGUUUGUCUAUCUGAAACUGAAGAUGGGCUUUAACUAUGUGGAGGUCUCGGUCUUUAUAGCCAUAGUAGGCAUCCUCAGCAUCACGGUGCAAGUCACACUCGGCUCCUUCAUGCAAGUGUUUGGAGCCAAGCGCACGAUUAUAAUGGGCCUAGCCCUGGAAAUCGUGCAGCUGCUGUGGUACGGCUUUGGCAGUCAAAAGUGGAUGAUGUGGUCGGCUGGCGUUGUGGCUGCCCUGGGCUCCAUCACGUAUCCCGCCAUCAGUGCUUUUGUAUCCCUUUAUGCGGCUCCCGAGAGUCAGGGCGCUGUUCAGGGCAUGAUCACGGGCAUGAGGGGUCUGUGCAAUGGCCUGGGUCCUGCGGUCUUCGGCGUCGUCUUCUACCUGUUUAACGUCGAUCUGAACGACGACCACGACUCGCAUGCGAAGAGCAGCGGCAGCAGGGCGACGAACGUGGAGAAGAUCUCACAGCAUGUGCCAGGUCCGCCCUUCGUGUUUGGUGCCUUGUGCGUCUUCUGUGCCAUAAUAGUGUCCGCGUUCAUUCCGGAGGGGCAGACCUCCACAUUGGAAAAGAAACGUGCCUCGCUAGACGUACAGUACGAGAUUGAGCCGGGUCACAAGGCGCCCAGCUCACUGGCGCCGCUCAUUCGCUCCGACUCGCUGGCGCAGCUGUAGUGCGCUCCAUUGCCGGCGUCCUAUCCACACAACUUGAACCCAGCUGGUGGCUAUAGAUACGUAUAAGCAGUGUUAAGGAGUUAAGGAUUUUGUAACUGUAAACAAAUGCUGUAACUAGUUUGGCUUUAGUUUCCGAGUCUAUUCUAUUAGGUGCAUAUAUAUCGCAGAUCAGGCCGAGAUAAUGUUAUUGUUUUGAUGGUUAGAUCUUCGUUUUACCUUAGUUUCCACAACGCACCUUGUCACACCACAAACCACCUCAGCCCAAUUAUAUUUCGUAAUUAAUUUAUUAUUGCCUAAGUAACGUAGUCACAUAUAUUCGAUUCGAUUGGCCCGUGUGCUUGCCCGCUUUUCCAGCUUCUGGCUUCUGUUUCCGUUUGCAAUGCUUUUGCGACUGUUGGUUCUCUUUGGGUUGGGAUUACAUCACUGCUAGAGCUAAUAAUGUUUUGCAACAACAACAAAAUAACUGCCAAAUAAUAACAAAAAAAAAACCAAGUAAGUGUAAUCCGAUAUCUUUGAAUGAAAUCGCGUAAAUUCAGCACAGCACAAUACUGUAUCCCGAAUAUCGAAUCGCAUUACUAAUUUAGUUCACCCCAAAGCCGUUUAGUUACAACAAUUAGGAAGAGGAAAAUCCAAAUAAACUGAAUACCAAGCUUUACUUUGAAAAUCGUAGUGAUUUAAAGUCUAAACUCUAAUGAAAUGAAUUGCAAAUUAUGAUGAAUUUGGUCACAAACUAGGCGACUUUAACCGCAAACCACAAGGUAUAUACAAAAUAAAUAUGUAUAUAUAUUUAUAUAUAUAAAUAGAGAGAUAUAUGUAUGGGUACUGACGACACAAAACGAAUGUUUUUAAUUUAGCCGAUUGCGAAGUUAACGCCUCCGAUCAUGUGCAACGCUAUAGUUUUUAUUUUGAUAAUAACGCAACUUAAUGCAGAGCCUUCAACAAAGUCAAUGCUUGAACGUGUAGGGAGCACACGUGCAUGUGUAUGUAUAGUAUAGUACCAUAGAUAUCAAAGUUAUAUUUUUCGAUGUUGCUACAAUCGUGUAAAACUUCCCCACUUGCUCCUCCCCCUCCCAUAAAUGAAAACAUGCAGACAUAGGACGUACGUACAUACACAUCCACCCGUGUGAGCAGUGGACGACAGGUGGUCAAUGGAGUAGUGCCCCCGGAAGAAAAAUCGGGGGUACAUAUACGAGAAAACUGAAUCCAAAUUUUGAUUGUAAAUUAUUUAACGUCUAACAUAGUGUUUUAAACGAAACCAAAAUAAACAAAAUUGUUUAAUGAAACGCUAGUAC